AUGUUUAUCGGAGGUAUGGCGGAGAACGACGUGGUAAUGGCCAUGGAGGAUGAUCAACCUAUUGCUCUUCGGAGAAAGAGAAGAAGUUGCAAUGGAGCAGAAAUUCUAUCACGAUCAAAUACUCAAGCUUCUACAUUGCGUUCCAUAGAAGUAUCGAUACCUCCUCCCGCAACACCCAAAUCAAGAAGAUCCAAUAAGAAGGUAAGGUUUUCUGACCCAGGACCAAAUCUUCUUCAAUCAUCUUCUGGCUUGACACCAUUUCUUCGAAAGACUUCUCUUUCUUCUGCGAAAUCAAAUCGUCGACAUUCAGCACCAAUAAAACGUCUACUCGAUCGUCGGCAGGACAACGAGCCAUUCUCCGGAGAAUUACAGUUUGCCCCACUACGACAAGUUUUGGAUGGCCGAGUUACGAGACGUAUGAGGAGGAAUGGACUGAGUGAGGAAACCAAUAAGAUAGAAUGGGAGAAAAAACAUGAGGCGAAAGCAAGAAAGUCGGAAAUCUUUCGACUGAGGAAGGAAUUGGAGGAAAAGGAUUAUGAAUUACAGUGCAUACAGGAUGAGCAUGACGUCGCAAGCCAACUCGGGUUUGAGGCUGGCACAUCGACUCUUCCAAACCUCACUAUGGUGGAAAAUUUUCAAGAAAUGGAAAGAGAGAUUCGAGAGCUCAAGGAAGAAUUAUCACAAAAGGAAAAACGUUCCGAUGCUCACCAUGACUGGCAAACGGGAACUCAAGAUCCAUUUGAUUUCGAUGAUGAUGAUCACAAUAUGAGUGUGGAUGGGGAUCACCAAACCUUGGACAGACAGGAAGAUGAUACUGGCAUGGUAAUCGACUCUUCAUAUGAAGACCAUAAUAUGAUGAAUUUUAACGGCCCCUUCUCCAAGCCGGGUGAUCUAUUGAACACGUCCACUCAACACAACAUUUCAUUCCCCUCGCCACCUGCCACAAUAGCUGAUACAUCCUCCCAAAAGCCUUCCUUCUCAUCGAAUUUGACACAAGCAAACUUUCCGGAUCCUCUUAACGCAAAGCUUGAAGCACAACUUCUUGACUUACGAUCUGAAAUUAAGAGUCUCAGUUCCGCCUUGGCACUCAACAAAGAUCAUGAAUCCCGUCUUUUCCAAAAGUUAUCAUCGUACAUUUCAUCGGACCAAUCUCAUGAUAACUCAACUCUUGAUUCGGCUCUCGAUUCCGUUCUCACGACUCUUACUAUUGCCCAGGCUCAGGUUCUUGAAAAGGAAGCAUCGUUUAAUGCUCUUUCAACUGAGGUAACCUCGCUGGGGUUCUCUACCGAUCCUGAGAUGACUAUCAAAAUCAUUGUCGAGCAAUUCCGUAAAGCAAGACUCGAGCUUGAGUAUCUUACCCCUGGAGAAGUAACCGAAGGAUUCGAAAAUGACAAACUCCUCAGUAUGCUACUUGAACGACUCAAGAAUCUGGCUGAGAAAACAAAGAAACAAGAUGAAACCAUCGACCAAUAUCAUGAGCAAGAAAUCGUUCUUCGCCAAAAACUAACCGCUCGUAUUGAUGCUUUGCAUGAUGUACAGAAAGAGUUGUCAGCUGUUUCAACUGCUGUUUCUCGGAUGAGUAAAGAAGUGGCCGAAAAUGAAGUCUCAAAUUCACGUCUCCAAAGUGCACUAAAUGGAUAUCGAAGCGAGGUCUCUGGGUUGGAAAACCUAGUCGAGAGGAUCGAAAAAGAACAUCAAGCUGUGGAAGAUGAUUUGAAACGUGGAAUACACAAUUUGGAUGAUCAACUUCAACGUGAAGUUUUCAGAUCGAACGCAUUUGCUGUGGAACUUGAAGGGAAGAAUAUGAUAGUUGGCGAACUUUCGACAAGACUAACAGCUGCUUUGAAUGCUUCUACUACACUUCAAAAUCUCCUCAAUGAGAAAGAGGGACAAAUACUUCUCUCUGAUCGUCGAAUGAGCGAACAACUAAUGGAGCGUGAUGACCGGAUUACAGAACUUCAAGAAGAGCUUGAAAGAACGACAUUUAUUUUGAAGAAUACGCAAAAGGCCGUUGAGAAUUUGAGACAAGAAAACUCUGAUUUGAAAACUGAAAACGAAGAUCUCGAGAAUUGCGCAGAGAAAUUGAAGGGAGAAGUCAACAGGGAAAAGAAAAGGGGAAAGAAGGUGGUUGAGGGAAUGAGGAAACAACUCGCUAGUAUAAUGGAUAUCGGAAGAGGAUAUGUGGAGAGCGAUGGUGAUGAAUCUAGUGAGACAGAAGCUGGGGAGCUUUCAAGGGACUUGAAAGUUAAAGCCCCGGUCGUGAGGAAAGGUCAAUAUUUGGAUGCAGGAUUAACAAGAAGAUCAAGUGGCGGUGUGGCUGCUAGUGGAAAGAAAAAGAAGAGAAGAUAUGAUAGUGGAUUAGGAUUUUUGGAGGAGGAAGAGGAGGCUGAUGAGAGAGAGAAACAGGAGAUGCAUGGUAAUACGGAGGUACUGGAUACCCUUGUUUGA